UCAGAGGAGGGUUUAUAGAAAGAGUUACAGAUAUUUCGGUCCAUGUGAAUGUGAAAAAACAUCCCCACACUGCUAGUGUCACACAGGGGGGAAGUUAUUCUCAUCAACAGGGCAUACAAAUCCACUGGCUGACCACCGAACACCCUGUUUGUUUCCCGGAAAACAAAGUGACCACUGAAGGUCUGUGCCAAAGUCUGAGUGUGAGUGGAACUUGUGAAUGAAUGCGUGUGAGAGAAGGAGACAGAGCGAGGAAAAAGAAAUGUGUGUGUGUCCGCAGAGAGAGGGGAAAAGAGUCUGAGAUUUGUGUAAAUUGACUCAAAGAAGAGCUUAGAAGAAGACCCUUUUUCUAACUUUGCAGAGACAUAUAAAAAUCAGAUUGUGACUCCUUGUUCUCUUUAGAUUUCUCUUCAUUUUGACUCUCCAAUCAAGGCUGAAUUUUCUGUUUCUAAUCCUUCUUCUGGCAGCAGUGACUCCUCAAACUUCAUUAUCAUUCAAUAAACCCUACACUAACAAAAGCGUAACCUGUUUCCCUUCAUUAGCUUGUUACUUGCAUGUGAGCAUCAGGUGGUGUGCCACAAGUGAUGACAUGACAGACAGUGCCGGAGGACACAGGGCUGAAAAAUCCAGAUCUGUAUGCUGAUUAGCACAAAGUAAUGCACUAAUGAUGACACUGUGUGCACUCUAAUGUGAUAAAUUGAUUUCACCAGGUUAAAGCAAACCUGUACACGCAUCUCCCUGCUGGGAAAUGAGAGAAAACAUAGUGUAAGGAUACUUCGACAUGUUGUAACAGCCAUGCGGGAGUGUGUGAUCUUCAAGGUGGACAAGUGAGGAGAAGAAAAAGGUAAAACAGGGGUCAAAAGAAGCUGUAUGUACGGAUUAAUAUAAUAUGGAGGCAUUAGGUUUAUUCUUGUGAUUUAUUGAUUUAAUCAAGCUUUAUUGGACUGCAAAAGCAGCAGGUUAAAAAAAUAAGAUUUUUUUUGUUUGUUUUGUUUUGUUGAGAAAUUUGACUCCUCAUCUGGUAACAAAUGUCCCUCAUCAGCCUCCCUAGAGUCUCCAAAACCUACAUCAGCUUUAACAUCAAACGCUCUGGAGUAUUUAUACGCGCUUGGAGAAUCCUGAGAAGUGGAUGUUUAAAAAAAAAAAGAUGACCAAAAUGACUGCAACACGUGGCCGCGGGUCGCGUCUUUGCCUCCAGCGCGCAGUUUGUGCGCCAGGCGCCGAGCAGAAUAAUCUGUUUACAGUGUGCGCGUUGAUGGUCAUUUUUUAUGAUGUUGUUUAAUCCACAGUGUAUGGGGAUGAAGGGGAGGAGGAGGGGGGGCGUCUAGCAGGAAGAAAAAAAACCCAGACAACCUGGCUCCAGCGGCCAUCUCUGUAGGCUAUAGGCUCCUGUGUUUGAGCAGAGAGACAGGUGUAAAUCUCUCCCUGCGAUCUUUACUCUGCACUCCGUGCGACACUCACCUGGAGGUAAACAAAUGGUUUAUGGCCGAGUAAAUGAACCACUUCUCUGUGCUCGUGCACGAAAAGAAAACAGCCCGGGGGUGUUAUUGCCAUUGUCAUGCACUGAGUUGGACCAGCGUAUGGUGUUUUUGACAGAGCAGAGUUCAGGGGUAAAAACUAAAUAUACGUGUUGUUUAAUUAUUAUUAUUAUCAUAGAAAAAUUAUGUUUAGCCACACGAUUUAAAAAGAGUAAAAUUAAAAACAGAAAUUAAAUUCAUUUAAAGCAAAUAAAAGACUUUUUUUCACACCAAAAAUAGAAAUUACUGACUAAUGCGUAAAACAAAUAAAUAUAAACGUAGAUUUAAAAAUAAAACAGGCAAUUAUAACAUACAUAAUGCUUUAUACACAAUAUAAAUAAAAUAAUUUAAUUAAGCCUAUUACUUGUGUUCUAUUAGGUGUGUGUGUGUGUGUGUGUGUGUGUGUGUGUGUGUGUGUGUGUGUGUGUGUGUGUGUGGCGCACGCAACCCUUAAAAAAGUUGUACCAAAACAGGAGCUCAGUAAUUCCGGAUCAGAGUGCCACAUUUGUCACCCCACGUCACGCAAAGCGUGUAUAUGUGUUUGUAUACGGAUGAUUGUGUGUAUUUGCGUGUGUGUAUGUGUUUGCAGUGAGAGAGCAAAAAAGGGGGAGGGGUUGGGGGGGCUAUUAUACCAAAGUUCUGCAAAGUAGGUCUGUGCCACUCCUGAUUAGGGAUUGUUCCCAAAAGAUGGUUGCAGACAUGAGAUAAUGAGGUCCUGUGAUAACGCGGGUCUCCUUUAAGUUUUUCCCAUGAAUCGAGACUGUCGCCAGUCCACAAAACGACACUGUGCAUCGGCACCACGCUACUCACUUCUCAUUUGGUGAGCACAAAAGCUGAUCCAGCCCAAAUCCGCACUAACAAACCAGGGCCCGGGAGCAAAUCAUAUAAUGUUCAAUCGCGUUCACUUCGCCACUAAUUAACUGGAAUCCCACCUUAUUCUUAAAUACAGUGACCAAUUAAAGCGCCAUGUAUGCCAAAGGUCUCCGGGGCCACCGUCGGUCGCCAGGAGCAUUUGUGAAGGUCUGCGGCUUCACUAUAGGCAAUGGAUCUUAUUAGGUGGAUGACCCCGGCGAGGAAAGGUUACAGACUUUUUCACUGCCCUCGGUUGGAAAACUAAGAUGUUUCCUAAUCGGAUUUUAAUUGGUUGGUUGGUCUGGUGUCCUGUCGGUCUGUGUGCAGUGGGAUGGAUGUUUGGAUUCCACAAAAACAGGCUGAUAGAUUGACUAAUGCAACCUUAAUGCGCAGAAUUAUAAACUUUUAUAUCAACAAAUAGGCCGUUGAGCUCUUUUUGAUAUAAAUUCAACAGGUGUUUGCAGCUUUUAUUCCAGAUUUUUCACUUCUAUUUUAGUGCAACGUUUUCAUCUGCAAACCAUUUGUUAAAUUAUCAUCUUUGAUGCACUUUCCAAUUUUUAAAAUACAUUUUCUUGUAGUUGCAAAGGGGGCUUUAACCACAAAUAACCAUCAUUUCAACAUUCACCCCUCUCUAAAGGCCACAGUCGUAUUUUUCCUGCUCUAAACUUUACGCAACAGUUGCCCAGUUUCAUCUUCUCCCGCGUGCUUUUUCUAAGUCACUGUAAAAUCCUUUAGGUUAUCCACGCAGGUUCAGCUCACGUUCAACUACACCCCCCACUCAUUACCCCUAAAAACGUCCUCAUGCAAAACAUGUGUAGGGGGCUUCAAUAAAUGAAAGCACAGACUCCUAACCGCAUCCUACUUCUCUCUGAUUUUCAUGUGGUUUUCGUGUAUUGUCUAACUCAGUAAAUACGGCCAUGCAGGCUCAUAUUUCAAAUGUCACAAGUCCUCUGACGACUUGCAAUUUGAACAUGAAAAAGCAGCCAAGACAAACAGCUAGUAAAGAAAAAAUAAAGGCAAAAGGUGGCUCUCAAACUGUCUGACUCGAGUCACAUUUAACUCAUAAGAGAUCUAAAGGAGGGACUAUUUUUUUUUAUUCCACGUCGGCGGAUGUAGCUCAGUGUGGACUGUUAAAGAUGGGAAACUGGUGAUUUUCUGUCAAACAUAAUAAACCAUUAAAGGCACUGAUGUAUAGGCUACAGGAGGCUUUUCGGUUCACAUGACCUAUCCGAGCCAGCAGCACGCGCUCAUAUCAGUGUGCGCAAAGCCAGAUAAACCUGUUGACGCACAGCAUCGGUGGCAACAUAAGGAGCAAAGAGACAACUUAAUCUGUUUGCAGAGUAAACACAGGGGAUAUUAUUUUAAAACGAGCCUGAUCGGAGUGUAAUCCAGGGGAGAGAAAUCCUCGUUUGUUUUAAAAAUAACAUCUUUAAAAAACUGUUUAAAUAUAAAAUGUUUGCAUGGGUAAAGGGGACAUGUGUCAACUCCUGGAAAUUUUUAAAUCUUAAAAAAUAAUUAAGAAAAUGCAUGAAUAUUUAAAGAAAUAUCUGACAGAAAGGGAAUAAAUGCUCCAUAAACCUUUACGCACGGAUCCACAUCCAGAUCAGUUUUACGCACACACCAACAAGGCUGUAUAGAGUGGGUACAGGGGUCCAUCCGUCGCCCUGGGAAGCAUGUGGGAGAUUCAAUUGACCGCACUCAACUUUGCCGCCGCUUGAGCUCGCCGCGUACACUUCGACUUGUUGUUCUCGCUACUGACAAAACCGUUAAUUCACCCAGAAACGGGAGGUCAAGUUUCAGCAGGAGCAGAAGGGGGGGGAAAGUAGCCGACAAACUCCCAGAAACGUUUGCAUCAGGACUCACUGAGAUCCCUGCAGAGCUACAAAACCAACAGAGUAUAUCAACUAAAUAACCAUUAAACACCUGUCGAUGCCAUUUAUCUGUAAGAGAUGAAACCAAAGUGAUUCAUCUUGUUUAAACUGAAAUUCUUGUAUUCCCUGGAAAAGUGCACGAAAACAUUUACACUCUAAGAAAAGAAGUUUGAAUUUUUUGAUUUGUGAGCUUUUUGAGUUGAUUUUUUUAACAUCAUUACAGCCUCAAUUCAAAGCCAAAAAAAGUGGGUUUUUUUUAUUACAUGACAUUUUGUGAUCAAUUUUAUAGGGAAAGUACGAUUAAAGAAUAGUCCAGACUGAUUGAUUAGUAUUUCUUUUCUACCUUAAACUCCAAGACCUAAGUAGUCACUGAAACAUUAAGCUUUCCUACUCUUCUCCUUCUGCUACUUCAGGUUAACAACAAACCUGCAGUGGGACGAGGUACACACGGUGAAAUCUGCUCUGAAAAGCCUGGAUUAUGGGCUCAGGCCUGAACACAGCACCUGUAGGGAGUGGCUGCAGAAUUCUUCCAGAAAUAACCCACAAAAAAAAGACUCAUCCCAGCGAGGCAAGGUUAAACAGAGGGGAUAAAAAGGACAGACCUCCUGAGGCAUAAAUCCAGGAAGACCUGAAUCUCACCUGGAGGCAAACUGACACCUUAGUGAGUUUUACAAGGUCAUUUUGGGAUGCUGUUUAUGCAGCAAAGUUAUUUUACUGUGUUUAAGGCGCACCCUUAAAGCCAUAGAAACACUUCUGAUGUGGUGUAUCUGUGAGUGUAACCUCCUCAUUUCCCAUUGAGUGCCUAUCAUAGUGCUUAUGAUGGAUUUACUUUAAAGAUUGCACUUGAUCCGUUUACCAAAAUCACCCUUCUCUAUAACAAAAUGUCUGAUUGAAGGGCAAAAAAAAGGCAUAAAAGACAUGUAUUCAACCAUCCCAUCAGUGGAAAUCACUGCUGGUUUCUUUUACCCAGCCUCUCAGACUGCAUGCCACUUGCUUUUCCGCCUAUGGUUUUCCAUUUCAAAGCCCUAUGUCUCCAUGUAAAUACCAAAACACAGUAAUCCAAUCUGACCCCAUUGCAAAUUUUCCAGAAACUAUAGGGGGGUAGUGGGGUUGACAUGAGCCACACACUUAUCCCACUUAACCUCCAGAGAGAGAGAGAGAGGGAGAGAGAGAGAGAGAGAGAGAGAGAGAAGCUACCCUAUAACCCUUUAGCCCAAGAUUCCCUCGCUUUGAGGAAUGUGCUUCUUUAUACCGCGCUCCUCUUAAAAGCUCCAGGUCUUGAGGUUGGACUCAACGGCCCAAAAAAAAAAAAAAGAAUAAAAAGCUUCAAAUUUUCGUGAGAGUUGAAACUCAAAGCAGCACAAAGCCAGCGCCAACGGUGGCAAGGGAUAAAUAGACAGCAGAUACCCACAUGAAGAGCACCAUCCUGCCCACUGCAAACUGCAAAUCCAAAUACUUUGAUUCAUAGCCUCUAACUGAAGCCUCUCAUGAACCAAAGGGGAACAUAUUUACACUGUGCUAACUUGAUGACAAAUAACCCCAGGAUUUCUCUGCUUCCCAUUUACAUUUGUUUGUUUUUUCUCAUGCAAAAGUAGCUUUCGUAUAGUUCUUAGUGUUGGGAAUAUAAGGAGAGAGAUGCAUAUCUACCCUGUUGGCUAGCAAUGGCACAUAAAAAGGCAAGCUAAAGACUUUUGACACAUGGUCCACAUCUGAGGCGUUUAGCAUCUUGAUCACACAGCUUGCAGCUCGCAGGGAGAGAACGCCUGACGGCUGUUUAUGGGGCUGAGCAGACAAAUCCCCAGCAUUAUGCUCUACAGGUGAUGCAUGCCAGUGGACUGGUUUGUUCCAGUGUACCUCCAAAAAAAAAAAAAAAGGAGCUGAACAGUUUUUGCUGUAUCGUACAGCAACAGGUGAUAAUGAGUAGAGCUUGUUUUACGUGAAAGGCAGCCAUUACGCUGGCGUUUGGUGGAUUUAUUGCCUGAUAAUUCAAUGCAAACAUAUUUAUAAUCAGAAAUUAACUUGGUAUGAUUUCUGAGCUACAGCUGAGUCCAUCCUUUAAUCACUACAGCAUGUGAAAGACAAAAGAAACUGUAAACAGGAGGCAUCCACACUGCUCUUACUACAUGUUCAAAAAAUAUUCUUUAUCUUAAUCACAAGUUUAAAUUUAAACUCAGAUUUUUGCUCUCGAUAUUGCUGAGCUAAGGGAAACACACUGCAUUAUCGUACUUAUUUAUGCCAUCCUUCCUUGUGUCAUCUGAUUGUGGUUAAAGCCCCAGUGAGGAGUUUUUGACCGGUUAUGAAAAACAAUGAUAAUUAAAAGCUAGGCUGGUUUAUGACUCACAAAAGCAAUCACAAACAGCAAUCAUAACUUUCUCAUUUUGUGUAUUGUAAUUUUUAUCGACUUUUACCACAGUGAGGGGGUUUCAGACGAGACGCGCACAAGCCUUUUAAAAACAUUUCACAGUGAGAGUAAUAUCUUUUAGUAUAAAUCAAACAAGUCCAAAAAGGGUGGGAGUUUAGUCCUCUACUGGAGCUUUAAACUGCAUAGUGAUAAAAUAAUGUGGAUUUAAUACUUGCUCAAGACUUAACUUUGUGCAGACGGUACAAUGAUUUGAUUACAUGGGUUCAUUGUUUCAUGAAUUUGGGGUUUAUUCCUUGAAUGUUUCUUUGAGUAUGAAAAGAUGAAUGAUUUGGAGCUCCCUGAUUAGUUAAUCUCAAAUCAAACCUAAAAUGUUGGUUAUUAAACGUUUGUCUGCGUCCCCACCAAAGGGACUUAGCCCCCACAACCAUCAAGACAGAAGCUACACCCCUGUCCCUUGAGCUUCUCUUUAAUACUCACAGUUUGUUUGUAUUUUGGUGCCCCCUGUGACCAAACCGGUGUGUCAUAUCUCCUGUGAUCUUGUCUUUUAGAUGCACAGGUCGUACCAGUUAAUCUUGUCCUGGUUUGAUUUUGUAAGUCAUCGGAAUCAUGGGUAGAAGCUUUCCUGUGCAGAUGCAGCUUAAAAGUUAUGACUCUGAGUCCCCGUUGGUGACCCCCUCCUCAAACUAAAUGUCUAACCAUUGCCUUGUCAACCUGUAGUCAAUGCACCACCAUCAAUAAGCACAUCCCCUAAUUAACUAAAAUUGUUUUUCAUCAAUAGCUAUAACAGAAAUUGAUGGGAGCGAGGGUUGACUUGACUCAAAAUGUCAAACGGAGACGAUUCAUCAACAGGUACGGAGUUUAUCAUUCAUCCUGUCGAUUGAUUGAGGCAUGUGUGUGAUUCUGGAAAGUGCAUUUUACAAUCUGCACCUUAAUUUUGGUGCAAUAUCCCCUCAAUAGAUCAAAGUCAUCAAAGUCUAAACCUUUGGAGGUAAAUGGUUUGCAUUUAGAAAGUCAUUAUGCUGUCAAUUGAACAUCUCCCCCUCCUCACUUUGUGUCAGGAUGUCUUCUAAUGAAGUUUGGAGUCAUUAUGCUAGUUGAAUAUACUAAUCUUGUGAUGUUUCCUUUCCCCCCUAUCACGUCGUGUUAGGCUUGAUGACUCUCAGCAAAGACAAUCUGGUCCAUUCAGGAGCGGUGCCACCAAGUCUGUCCUCGCUUAUCAUUAACAAUCUGCAAAUAAACAGGACAGCAUACAUUACAUCACUUGCAGCUCCGUGAUCAAUUCCAGGAAUGUCUUUGAAGCUUUGCUUAAUGAACCUACACAGUGUGCCUGUUGUGUGUGUGUGUGUGAGUGAGUGUGUGUGCGUGUGUGUGUGUGUGCUGUGGAGGCACUGAGGCUUCAUAACCCAUGACCUUAAUGCAGUUUUUCCUUAUUGAUAUUAUUGGGAAUUUAGCAAAGAAGGUAACAGGAAUAUUCAAUAAGAACAUAUAGUGGCUGCAGCUGAAAUAAAACGCCGCAGCAACACGUGAGAGGAACUACUUUUCUUAUUAAAAGCUAACAUCUUUCAGCUCACUCUCUUGAGAUUACCCAUGAGCAUAAAGUGAGUAAUUCUUUUACAUAUCAGGCAAGUUUAAAGCUCCAAUUGACUUUCCUUAAGUGCCUGAAGUCACCCAUCCAUGUGGAGGGAAAGAUUUUAGAGCCUUUCAAGUGGAAUACAUUUGAUUUUGAUAUCUCCAAAGAUGUGUAUAAAAAAGGGGGAAGCGCUGACAAAGUUCUCUUCAUCAAUCAGCAGUGUCAGCUCAGAGCUUUUUACAGCCUCCAGCAGUCCCUGAGAGCCCUAACCCUGUAAAAGUUUAUAUAGUGUAUUGACCAUUCUUCUACUUGCUUAGCUAAUGAAGCCAGCUUGGCCGCAGAGACUGAAAAAAAGGCCGCCGCUGCCGCCGCAGUGUCAACACUGCUUCCUAUUUGAUGACACCUUCCACUAAAUUGAAAUGUGCUGCUAAUGGGGGCGAGUGUUUAAAGAAGGAAAAGAAGCCGCAGUAAUUGACACAGAGCUGACCUCAGUCACACAAAGAGAGGGGUGGCAAGGCCCCUGUGUGGGCUGCAGAAAAGGAGCGCCUUAAAACUGCAGCAGCUAGCUUGUAAAGACCUAGCUUCUGGGGUUAAGUCAGAUUUUCAUGCUGAAAAAGCAGAUUUAGCUGAAAAAAGAGCUGAGAUAAUCAUUCCUCCUGUAAAAUAACACCAUAGACAUGAGUACACAGGUGUUAGAGGUGCAGUUUUCACAAAUGACACCCUCAUCUCGUCAGCUCUACCAUAAAGAGGGCAGUGUGACAUGUAUAACUCGCAUCAUGAUAGACAACAAUUGAGCUGCAAAGAACAAAACAUGCCUACAGCAGAGGCUCCACACUAAUACUCGCAUGCAUGAGCAGUGCUGAAUGGGGACUCAGUUGAAGUGAAUGCUUCAAACUGGCUACAAUAUAAACCCUGAGGCAUUGACUGACUAUUUCAAGCUGUUAGAUUCAAAUUAAAAAUUAAAUAUAACGUCAAGCCUCUAACUUGGAACAACUGUGCAACAAGUUUUUAAAAAAAGAAAAGAAAAAACACUGCUGCAAAAUAUUGACUGAGGCACAUUGUGGACUUCUUCUAUGAGAAAUUGCUCUAUUUAGUCCCCCCCUUCAAGGACUUUGAGAUCCAGCACCACUGCCUAGGUCUCCACAGGAGACAGACAAUUGACUGAUAAUUGAUGGUCAAUGUUUGUCCAAGAUGGCUGAGUGGACAGGGCUCUCUAGUUUGCUCGUGAAUUUGUGGUUAAAUUGCGUUUUAGUGAGCACUAACGUGGCUUUGUGUAGAAUACACAGCUCUUUAGACGCUCUGCAACGAGGCUUUAUUAUUGCACCCAACAGUGAGCCAUUGCAGAGGAGUAAUUGGUGGUUAAGCUUGGAAUAAAAUCUAUAUGAUUUUUUAAUAUGCGGCUUAAGAGGAACAAAAAAAGUAGCCCAGACCCACACUGAGAUCCGGGUUGUUUAAAGAGUGGGUUAAAGUAGCUGUGUUCUUUGCACGGAAUUAAAAUUAUUUGACCAAAAAUGUCACGUAUAAUUCUUAAUGAAUCCGGACAGCGCGUAAAAUUGAAUGGAUCAGGGAAAAGUGUGCUCAAAAAUACAGAAAUAACCCUCAGAGAUGCACGUCUGUUAGGAAGAGUUAAAAACACACAAGCACAAGUGAACGCAUCCUCGUACAGUCAGAGCGAUCAGACUCGAAUUCAACCGAAAAUUUUUAAAAUGCAUUUCUGAGUGAAUAGCGGAAAUGUGCACACAGGUUUGUCACUCCUCCAAGUGGCUUCAACUCUUCAGAUUUAGCAUAACUGAUUUCACUCUCACUAAGUCAAAUACAAAUUCAGCCUGGAGGAAAAGUCGUCUGAUAACAGAGUGUAUGAUUUAAAAAUAAAAAAAAUCUAAGACAGUUUAAGACAAGAUACAAAAUGGACGGAAUAAAAUUAAAAAUUAAAAACAGAUUCGUGCAAAUAUUUGUAAAGAUAUUAUUCAGCCCUGGGAUAUCAUGAUGGUAUAGUUUUGAACAUGACAUGAAAGUAUGAUCUCGCUCUUCAUCCAGUCACCAGCUCAGAUUUGUCUAACUUUAGAGGAGGAUGUUACAGGAAAUGCCGGCUGCUUUCUGGCGCUGUUAAAUCUCUAAACACAUCAGAAACCGUCCACCAAACACAGUCAAAUCAUACAAAACAAUCUAUUAUGAAUGACUAUUAUUCUGUGAGCAAGAUUAUAAGCAGAAAAAACAGUUUAUGGGAAAGAGAGAUGGCGGGAGAGAUCACAACACUUCGCCGACAGAGCGUGCCGGCUCCCCGGCUCGGCUUGUCCGCUCUCUCCCCUCUCUCCGCUGGUUCUCUCUCACACAGAGCGGCCGAUAGCGCAACUUCUCUAACGAUGUUGGCAUAUUCACACAACAGUGACUAGAAAAGGGUGGUGUCUCACGGCAAAGCCCCCUUUUUCAGUUUCCAAACACCUUUUUAUAAGUCUGAAGUCUGUCCCCUCCACCCGACCUGUCAAAACCACGCCUACGCAGCCACACAAUUGGUCCGAAAGCGUCAAAGAGCCAAUCAAACGGAGCGCUGCUACUCGUAACAUGCAACACAUCCAUACAGUAUGAAGCCCUAUGGGCCACAGAGGCGCUAGGAAAAUCACGGAGCUGGGACCUUACCACCUCUCUCUCUCUCUCUCUCUCUUUCUCUCUCUCGCUUUCUCUGGCCGUCAGCGGACUCCUUUCUCUGCACACGUCUUUCCCUGAAAUGUGUGUGUGCGCGGCAGAGAGAGCAGGAAUAAAGUGUGUGUGUGCGUGUGAGGGUGCAUGUCCGGAGCAAGUAAAGGCAGGGGGAUUAUUCGGCGCUAUCGAAAUAUUUCAACACGUCGCCCUCGCUGCAGGACUGAAGCCAAUAAGAAGGAACGCAUUUUAACAGGAAUGCCGAUAUUGUAAACAGCAGCAGAGGAGAAAGAAUGCGCCGCAGUCAAUUAAGUGACUCACCCGAGUUGCUUUAAUUCGACUAAUGUCCGCAAGCCAGCGAGACGCAGAAAGGUGUCCAGCGCGUCAGCCUCUGAAGAGAAUCGCUCUCGAAGCACUUGUGAAGAAUAAUGGAGAACAUUUUUACAUUUCUCCGCGCUGACUUUUGAUCCAAAUCCAACAAAUGACUGUAGAGAUACUCAACAACCUCUGAAAAAGAUCUGGAUUCUUAUAUCUGCAGUUUUUACAGGAGGAAUUUCACAGCUGUUCAACAUUGAUUUUCCCUCUCUUUUUUUGUGUUUAUUGUGUUUACUCCUCUCGGGCGCAGUGUUCACUCUCAAAUCAGACCAGCCGUCUCUCCAUUUGUUUGCCUGCUCUUGAAUGAACUUCCUGAUGAGAGAUCCAGUCAUACAGGGAUCAAGUAUGGCAUAUCAUCCGUUUAUACCUCACCGGGGUCCGGAAUUUGCCAUGAGUGCAAUGCUGGGGCACCAGCCUCCGUUCUUCCCGGCCCUGGCUCUGCCUCCCAGCGGCUCUCUGUCUCUGCCGGGCGCGCUGGGGAAGCCGAUCAUGGACCAGCUGAUGGGAGCCGCGGAGACCGGCCUGCACUUCUCCUCGCUGGGGCACCAGGCUGCCGCUCACCUCAGGCCUCUAAAGACUCUGGAGCCUGAAGAGGAGGUGGAAGACGACCCCAAAGUUCAUCUGGAAGCCAAGGAGUUGUGGGAACUUUUCCACAAGAGAGGCACGGAGAUGGUGAUCACGAAAUCCGGAAGGUAAAAUUCAUUUUGUUGUAAACAAAACGAUCCAACAUGCUGAAGCCAGUUGAAUAUAUUGACAAAUUACCCUGGUGAAGUUGAUAAAUUCUUAUUAUAAUACACAGAUCUACUGUGUUCUGUACUCUACCUGUAUCACUUGGCCAUGUGUCCAUAUUUACUGUAGAUUAUGUUUCUAUUCCACAUCCUUAAACCAUCAUAUCAGUCUGUUUGUAGAUCCACUAAUUCAACAAACAUUACAGCAAUUUAUCUGUUGAUUUUCCUGCAAAUUUGACAUUUGUUCAAGUGUGAUACGUCCAGUAGAAAACCUGACACUUAACAUCCACAACCUGGAUAAAUAUUAAAGCUUAAAAAGGGACAAAAUCUGAGAGGAAAAUCCUGUUAGUUUGCGCAACAUGUCGGCUAAACUUUGCUCAGUGCUAAACCCAAUUUGCUCAACAAAUAUGUUGUUAAAUAUGAAGGAAAAAAAACUUGAGCUUUAAACUAUUUUGUGAAAUAAAAAUAGAGCUGGUGUGUUUAUUAAGAAGACGCAGGGGUCUGUAUUAGCCUGUAUUCCCUUAUUUAAAAAUGACUGUAUUAUAAUCGUAUUGUUUGUGAAAACUUUGCAUUGACGGAUUACUCCAUUGAAAUGUCAACUUUGAGUGUGUGGAGCUCUGGCUAAAUUAUUGACAGUGACAGUAGGCUAUACACAAAGAUGGCUGCUCUGUGUACCUCUAAGUGUGUGUGUGUGAGUGUGUGUGUGUGUGUGUUUGAAGGCCUGUGGAGGCAUUAAAAAUCAAGACACAAUGUAAACAGUGUUGACGUGUCAUAAUAGCCAAAGAAUAGGUUUAUUUUAAUAGGAGAUAUCAGCUACACGUCUCUGGUUAUUUGUAGGCCACAACAAGAGACGGUAUGACACCUUUGUAAUAUCCAAAGAUAAGCUAAGAAUGAUUUAGCCCAACCAUUCCCGCCAUUUAAGCCUCUUUUUAUUCAGCUUUAUCACUGCUCAUUGUUUGUUUUUCUUCUCUCCUUAGACGGAUGUUCCCGCCUUUCAAAGUAAGGUGCACCGGUCUGGACAAAAAGGCCAAAUACAUUCUCUUGAUGGACAUUGUUGCAGCCGACGACUGCAGGUACAAGUUCCAUAACUCGCGCUGGAUGGUGGCCGGGAAGGCCGACCCCGAAAUGCCAAAGAGGAUGUACAUUCACCCGGACAGUCCGGCUACUGGCGAACAGUGGAUGUCAAAAGUGGUCAAUUUCCACAAACUCAAGCUGACGAACAACAUCUCCGACAAGCAUGGAUUUGUAAGUUCAACUAAUGUAUGUCCAUUUUCCUAUUUAUCAAAUUACCCCUUUUAGUUAGCCGAAUGUGUUGACUUUUAAAUGUUUGAUUUUUGUUUGUGUUUUAAUUUUAAUUCAACCACACGAGGUUUAUGAAUAAUGUGUGUGUGCCAUAGCAGACGGCAGAAAAUUACAGAGCGUGUAAAUGUCAUUAUGUUGACAUUAUCUCAUUUAUAAUGGUUUGUUUUUAUUAUCUGGCAAUAUGAUCGAGUCUUUAUCUUAAUUUAAAUCCCAUGAGUGAAAUGGAUUUAUUGAGUAGAUUAUGAAGUUAUUCCAGAUAUUUUAGACACGUGUUUGAAAUUUUUUUUAAUUUCUAUAAAACGUUUUAUUUACAAACCUCAGUGUCUCCAAAUGAUUUCUAAUUCAGUGGUUGUUUUUUUUUUUUUAAAGAAAUAUUACGGUUUUAUUCUGUCAACACGAUCACAAAUGCAACACGAAUAGAGAGCUAAUCUUUUUCAUUUUUUUCCUGUGAUUGUUUGCAGACCAUACUAAACUCCAUGCACAAAUAUCAGCCUCGUUUUCACAUCGUGAGGGCCAACGACAUCCUCAAACUCCCCUACAGCACCUUCAGGACUUACGUCUUUCCCGAAACGGAUUUCAUAGCCGUGACUGCUUAUCAAAACGAUAAGGUAAGCACAAAUAGAGCUCGUGGGCUGUCUGUGUUACAUCCUCGAUAUUUACUUAUGCGCUCUUGCUCGUCCUUUCGCCCCUGCUUUGCCAUGCGCGCCUCUGCGCCUCUACUCCCCGUGUCGCUCGCGCUCUGUACCAUUUUGUCAUCAUGAAAUAUGAAAGACGUCAUAUUAGCUUGAGCUCGUGAGAGUGGGGGAUCACAGUGUGGGGGGGAAAGGGGACCAUAUUCACCCACUCGUGGAAGUACAGUAAUAAUUCGGAGGAAUGUUAUACAGGUUGUCUUCCUUACAUUUAAUCACGUGGAAAGGAUUUGGCACAAACCCAGGCUCUCUCUCUUCCCCCUUUCUCUCUCUCUCUCUCUCUCUCCUUUCUCUGCGGACGUGUGUGUGUGUGUAUGUGAAAAGAUUGGGGGUUGAGAAAUGAGGAAAAAGAAGAGGGGUGAUACAUGCGGCUGAAUGGAGAAAAUGGACAGGGAGAGAGAGAGAGGGGACGUUUUGUGUCAGGCUGUGCUGCAUGCAAACUCUUCACACUCUAGAUUUAAAAAAAAUAAAAAUACUGCAACUCGUCUCCACAACUCUUUGAUAUGUGAAUAACUGGCAUCCACACACCCUCCUCCUCCUCCUCCCCCUUGUGUGUGGUUGUUACACUGCCUGAAUCUUAAAGGAAGUGGUUGGAGAGUGAAGUUUUUGAAAGUUUACGCAGAAAAGCAGAAGAUUUUAGCGUGGAAAAGUGUGCCAAUGAGAGCCAAUGCGCAUGUGUUGUGUUGUGUGUGAUUUUUACCUGCUACACAAACAAAAUAUGGAGGACAUAAUUACCCCCAUGUAUUGCUAACUCUCAAUUAUGAGCCCUGGCUUGACUCUUCUAAACUGAGAGAGAUAAAUUAAAUGUUAGUCCCAUGAAUUCACACUUCAUUUCAAUGAUUUCAGAUAACCCAGCUGAAAAUUGACCACAAUCCAUUCGCCAAAGGAUUCCGUGAUACUGGCAAUGGAAGACGAGAAAAGAGGUAAGACUGAAGGGGAAAGUGUGUUGCUAAAACAGUGGAAAUAAUCUUCAGAUGUCUCGGGGGUUUAGACGAGAAGUGGAUUAAUCCCGCGUUAAAGCCUGCAUAUUAACCCACUGGGGGUCCGGAUCUUUACAGUUUCUGAUCAAAUAGCUUAACAGGCUGGAGACCACUGUUACUGUUCAGACCUGAGAAACACAAACCAGAUCAAGGUUUUAUUAAAACUCAUUUUUACUCCUUUCUUUUUCUAAUCAGCCUGUUAUUUUGAAUCCUUCUUUAUUCCGUAUCGUAGACAUAAUCCCAAUCUAGAUGUUAUAUUCUCACCUGCCAUAGGUGUGUCACUCUACCGCACCUUUAUUAUGUCCAUUGUCAGGUCUUAAUCUUUCACACCGUUGUUGGUGCUGUUGUCACUGUGUCUAACCUGUAAGCUGUGAUUUACGCACUGCACUAACCAGGUCUCCACUUUGCGCGCAGGAAACAGCUGGCCCUGCAGUCCAUGCGCUCGUACGAGGAGCAGCAGAAAAAGGAGAACGGCGCUUCAGACGACUCCUCUGGAGAGCAGGCCUCCUUUAAGUGCUUCGGCCAGGCCUCGUCUCCUGCCGUGUCUACCGUGGGCCCCCCACACCUUAAAGGUAGGCCGAGGGACCCCACAGUCAGUCACACAUGCUCCAAUCACAAGUGGUGCGGAAAGUCGUAAAAUAUCAAUGGUGGCAAAAAUUUGUGCAGCGUGAAGCGGAGAAUAUGACUGGAUUUUGUAAAUUGCGGAGACGAGAGCUCAAAUUUGGCUUUAAUUAGAGGCUAACAAUUAACACUGAGCACAAUGGGAUUAUAAACUACACUCCUGCAUAUGUUGAAUGGCUGCAAAAUUAACACAGUCAGUAAUUGGUCAGGUUAUUUGUGUUGACCAGAGGCUAAAUGCCAAUCUAGCCUAAAUUGUAAACUAUUAAUCUGAAAAAAAUAAAUAAAUAAAUAAAAGCUGAUUUUUUAAAAAGCUUUCUGCAGCAAGCAUCCAAACAUGACUGGAUGAAACACUACUGAUACCCACACGAAUCAACAGUCCACAGAAAUUCACGGUCUUCCUUUCUCUGACAGAUUUCUGUGACAGUGAAGAGGACAGUGACGACGAGAGCAAAGAUGGACAUCUCAGAGACGGUCCGGACUCCAGCAAGAUUUCCACGACCACGGAGGACGGCAAGGACCACGAGGCGAGCCCCGCCAAAGGGCAUGCCUUCAGUAACAGUGACACUACAAGCAGGAGCAAGGACAACAGCGCGAGGACUGAGAAAAGCCAGGCGGACUCGCGACAGAGCCCCAUCACGCUCAUCUCCAGCACCACGCGCUCUGGAGAGGAGCUGAAGAGCCCGAGCGUGGAGCAGCCCAAAGCGGACGAGUGCAGGCCUAUGGGCAAAGACAGUUUCAUGCCUUUGACUGUGCAGACUGACAGCCCGCAUAUAGGCCACGGACACUUGCAUAAUUUCGGAUUUCCAACUGGUCUUACGGGACAGCAGUUUUUCAAUCACCUCGGGAGCGCGCACCCGUUUCUCUUGCACCCCAGUCAAUUCAACAUGGGAGGCGCGUUCUCAAACAUGGCCGCAGGCAUGGGGCCACUAUUGGCAGCUGUGUCCACGGGAGGGGUGAGCACCAUGGACACGACAAGCAUGGCAUCACCCUCGCAAAGCUUGACGGGAGCGCCGGGCCUGCCCUUUCAUCUGCAGCAACAUGUCUUGGCAUCACAGGUAAAACCUGUUUUCUUUGGCCUGCACGCUCCCUCCACAGCACAUGUUGGUGUUACAUUACAGCAGACUACGGGCCUUGGAGGCCUGCUUGUUUCAUUUAAUGUGUCAAAAAUUUAAUUAUCUUCAGUGCUCUCCUCAUCAUAUCCAUGUAGGAGUUUUUUCUGUGAGAAAGAGAGAUUGUUUGUGUGCGCGUCUACGUGUUUGUGUGCGGCUUUUGCGCACGGUUGUUGGCUAUGUUUUGCUGCCAAAUGGGCUAAUACUCAGAAUAGACCCGAGCAAUAGUAUUAUGGCUGACUCUGCCUUUAGUAGACUGUAAAACACCCCCGUCUUUCUCAUGUUAUUUUUCAUAUUAGCCUAACUAGCAUGAAUUAAAAGAAGCAGACUGAGAGACAGAGUAGACCACCUCGGUACAGCUUGAGGUGUUGGACAAUAUUUUGACAUGAGCUCACUUAAUCCAAAACGGCGAUAAUCAAAGUUCCUGAACAGCUCGGAUACAUUAUCUUUUAGUACUUGGCAUUUGUGUCUUUUUAUUAUCAGAACCUUGCCUUCGUGUGUUACAGCAUUAGGCUGGAUUUUUAUCUGUGCACCAAGACUGCCUACUUGUUUGGUUGUAAAGCUUUACUCCAUAUUUAGGAGCUGGAUGUAAAAUUUCUGGGUGAAUGGAGACUCUGAUUCUGUGCUGGCUACAUCAGAUUUUGGAUCAAGUUUUGUUGACCAAAAGCCAAGUGUCAGACAUGGCCCGAAGCUUUCAAACAAAGCAUUACCAACGCGUAAGAAUUGAGGAUAAUAAUCUUAACUUCAGACAGUAAAGGAAGAAGUUGACGCUGAUUUUGCAGAUUUAUUUCCCUGUGUUCUUCAGUUUUCCAGAAAAUAAGAAACUUGGUGAAAAGUGCAUCAAUACGCGUGAUCCACUCGCUUAUUUUUGCUCGUAUUUUUGCUCCCAUGUGCAGACUAAAUGUUUAAAUUGUGUAUCAACACCAGCCCCGUGCCUCACACUCAGUUUGUCUAUUUCUCCGCAGGGCCUCGCCAUGUCUCCCUUCGGCAGUCUGUUCCCAUACCCGUACACGUACAUGGCAGCAGCCGCGGCAGCCUCCUCCGCUGCCUCCUCUUCGGUGCACCGGCACCCCUUCCUGAACGCAGUGCGGCCCCGACUCAGGUACAGCCCCUACUCCCUCCCCAUGACAGUACCGGACAGCACCCUGCUCACAACCGCCCUCCCCCACAUGGCCGGCAGCGGGACCGAGCUGAAGGGAGACGGGAUAGUCUCCGCGAGCCCCGUGUCCGGUGUCACCCUGGACUCCACGUCAGAGGUGACCAGCCACUCGUCCACCAUUUCCUCUGGCUCGGUUUCCAUGUCCCCAAAAACUUGCACCGCGGAGAAGGACGCCGCAAACGAGCUGCAGAGCAUCCAACGCCUGGUCAGCGGACUGGACUCGAACCAGGACAGGCCAAGAAGCGGGUCCCCUUAGGAUUUUCAUUUUUCCUUUUGUUAUUGAACACACCACCUGCUUUUCGUUUUGUUGUUGUCCUGAAAAGUGAAACGUGUUGACGGUGAUGAAGACACUCUGAGUAGGCGGACACCCUCGUAGAUUCAUGAUUCAGAUUGUGAAGAGGAAAAAAGAGGAACCUUUGGACGUGUUAGUUCUGAAAUGCACUUUGGUUAAUACACAUCUGAUAUGUAUAUUUUUCUUUUUUUUUUUUUGUUUAGUUAAAUUAAACAACACUUUUAUCCUGUCAUUUGAAUACCGUACAAGUAUUGAAACUGAAAAGUUGGCAUGGGUGUGACUUACAGAUUUUUAGGAGAAGUUGCUGCUGUGUCCUAACUCCUAAAAACGUUCAUGUGCACGAGGAGAAAUGUGGUUUAAUAUGCACUCUGAAUCAAUUGGGUUUAUUUGAAUUGAAUACCGUUUCACCUACCUUUGAAAGACUGCUGUAUUUUCGUUUUACACUUAUUCUUGGCCAAAAGUUGCAUGCCCCUUUAAAGCAACAAAUGUUAUUUAACACUAAAAAACUAAAAGACAUUUUUUUAAAAUAUUUUCUCCAAAGUAUUAUGGUCCUACUUUUUUCUUAUAUCUAUCCUCAAUUAGGUCAUCAAACUCUUAAAGUAAAUUCCUUAAAUUCAUGCCUUUUUUAAAUCAGAUUAUCGCCCUGGUGCUGCGUAAAAACUUCGAACCGUGCAUGCGCAAUUCAGCCCAAAUGUCCAGCAGGCAAAGGGAAGCGGGAAUUUAAAUAUUGAUGAAUUGAAAGGUAUUGAUUCAAAGGUGUAAAUAGGGAUAUAUAAAAUAUUUAUGUAAUUAUUUCAUAUUGUUAUUGCGUGUAAAUACAACGGAGUAGUUUGUUUUUAGGAAUCUGUUUAAUUUAUUGUCGAUAUACAUGUGUAAAGAUAGUUUGUGGGCUAUUAUUCCUUUGUUGCCAUCUACAUUUAUACACCCUCUCCCCCUUAAAAUAUGGACUUUAUCCCCCCUUCCUUCAAAUAUCCACUGAGCUAGUUAUUCACACUCACGUGCCAUUGUAAUUUUCAUUUUUGUUGUCCCCUGUGUGAAGUGCUACUGUUUCAAAACGAAUGAUAAAAGCGACGACGCACUGCACCAAUGGCUUGAGAGUUUGUUUGUUUGUUUGUUUGUUUCGAGAAAAAGAAAAAAGAAGUGUUGUUCAAGUGUGAAAAAAAGUGGACUAAUUUUUUUUUUCAGUUGUUCAAAAUCAUUUUGGCGAAGCUGAACGUAAAAGUGCCGCAUACUCGAAAAGAUGAAGGUUUCUGUUUUUUUGUGUUUUCUUAUGUUGUCAAUGGGUUGUGUUGGAGUUAUGUCUAGUUUACAACAUCGACAUCGUGUUCUUGAAAGUUUCAAUAAAAUAUUGAAAUGCCGUUUUU